GAAGUCUGUGAAGAACGCGUAAAAUGGAGCACCUCUGGUAUCCUGUUGAAUCCUGGUUUGGCACCUUCAUGCAUCCACUUGAAUCAGUGCUUUUACCUACUUACUAGGCUUCUCACGUCACUGAUCAUUGCAGAAUGUACUGAAAUUAUAGUACCGAUUAAGGAAAUUCAAUCUCCAAUUGAAAUCUCGAAAAUGAAAAAUUUAGGAGUGUUUGAUAUCGACUACCGUAUUUUCGUCAGCACUCGUGAUGGGAACAUUUUCUCCAUUAAGAGAGACCAGACGGUCAAAGAGAAACCGAUCAUAAGCUGCAAGACGAACAUCGUGAGCUUCACACGGAUCAACAAAAUGCUCGCUGUGGCUACUACCAAUAACAUGUUGAUGUUCUUUUCAUUUGCCGGCAAGUGCUUGAACACCAUCUCCCUGGGAGAACCGAUCAGAGGCCUCGAGCUGUUCCAAUAUGCUCCAAAACAAUUCGAGGGCGUAUUGGUAUUAUUGGAGAACCAGAUUCGACUGUACACACACCUUCAUCUACUGGAUAUCAUGCGAUUCGAUAGACCAUUGUCGUGGAUAAAAUUCGGGCCAUUUGAGGGUGGACUUCUGGUGAAGCUGUUCCGACGGAAAGCCUCACUCGACGAGAAAAUCGAUCUUGCUCCACAACCAAAGGCCUAUAACAUCAAGCUGAAUAUACCGAAAAAGAGCAAAAUAUUCAUCGAUCAGACGGUCAGAGAACGCGAGAACGUCAAUCAGAUCAAUCAGACGUAUCAGCGAGAUUUGUUCCUCAUCAAACAUCACACGACAACAGCAUUCGCUGCACUUGCGCAAACCGCAGCCACGUCGAUCUCGACCGAUCCGAAUCACUCAGUUGACAUCGCUGUAACUGUGAACGGUUUCGGUCCCAAAUUCCGAAUCACCAUCAAAUUGAGUUGCGCCACAAAAUCUCCUCUUUACAAUCUGUGGUUAUCUAUGAUAUACACGCCAAGCAUCUACCGCUUCGAUCAAACGCUCAUACCCGUAUCGAUCUUGAUGCCCGGACAUUUCUACACUUUCACGACUCUUGUCGAAUGUCUUGAGCCGGAAAAGGGACUUUCGGAGGAUAUUCGAGUGCUGCUCAUCAAGGAGGAUAAGCCAACACCCAUCGUCACCGCCAUAGUCACAAUGCCAGCCAGCGAAAUGAGCUUAUUGAAU